CAUCCUACAAUUACUAUGCUUUGGUCCAUGUCUGUGGCGAUGUUUGCGGUUGGUGGAAUGAUUUCCUCCUUCGCUGUUGGCGCGAUUGGAGACAAAAUGGGAAGAGUUAGGGCCCUGCAACUGCUGAAUAUCCUUGCAAUCUCUGGAAAUAUCUUCUUGGGUGUUGCAUCAAUGACCGCCAUCUCACACAUCCUUAUUAUUAUAGGACGACUCAUCACAGGACUCUAUUGUGGGAUCAUGUCAGGGAUUGUCCCACUCUAUGUGAGCGAGAUAGCACCAACCCCCCUUCGUGGGGCACUGGGGACAUUUCACCAGCUUGCCUGUGUCAUUGGCAUUCUCAUCAGCCAGAUCCUCGGCCUACGCUUCCUGCUGGGGAGUAGCUCUAUGUGGCCAGUGCUUCUUAGCCUGUCUGGCUUUGCUGCUUUGCUUCAACUGCUCUUGCUCUUUUUUUGCCCGGAGAGCCCGAGAUACCUGUACAUCAAAGUAGGGGAGCUGGAGGCAGCCAAGAAAAGCUUGCUGUGGCUGAGAGGAAACUACGAUCCUACCAAAGACAUGGAGGAAAUGGAAAGAGAGAAAGAGGAAGCCUCCAAGGAGAAGCCCGUUUCCAUUGUGCAGCUGAUCACUUCCACCACCUACAGGCAGCCGUUCUUAGUGGCUAUCAUGGUGCACCUCGCUCAGCAGUUUUCAGGGAUCAAUGCUAUUUUCUACUACUCUACAGACAUUUUCACUGAAUCUGGCAUCAAAGAGCCUGUUUACGCAACCAUCGGAGUGGGUGCUAUAAACACUUUGUUCACUGUUGUUGCUCUCUUUCUGAUAGAGAAAGCAGGGAGGCGCAUCCUGUUCCUUGGUGGAAUGUUUGGCAUGUUCCUGUGCACAAUAUUAAUGACAGUUGGACUCACACUUCAGGUUACACAUGCUUGGAUGAGCUACGUCAGCAUGGUGGCCAUCUUUGUCUUUGUCAGCGUCUUCGAACUCGGGCCGGGACCAAUCCCCUGGUUUAUUGUUUCUGAGCUGUUCAGCCAAGGCCCUCGACCAUCCGCGGUCGCAUUGGCUGGCUUUGCCAAUUGGUUCUCCAACUUCAUGGUCGGGAUGUGCUUCCAAUACAUAGCUAGGUUCACUGGACCGUAUGUGUUUCUCAUCUUUGCCGCUAUGCUCUUUGGCUUCGGUAUGUUUAUAUACCUCAAAGUGCCGGAAACAAAAGGAAAAUCAUUUGAAGAAAUUGCGGAAGAGUUCCGUCGCAGAAAGAAGGGAUCUGGUAGAGGCUCCAGAGCCGCUACUGAACUGGAGCAUUUGGGAGGCAACCCCCAGGCCUAG